CUCUUAAGCUCUCAGCACUUCUCUCUCUCUCUUUCUCUCUCUCUCUCUCUCUCUCUCUCUCAGGCUCUCCUUCAUGGGGCUCAAUGGAAUGGCUCGUUGCUCUGCCACACCAACAAGGGAGCACGAGAUGGACUUGAGAAAAGGUCCCUGGACUGUGGAAGAAGAUCUUGUGCUGAUGAACUAUAUCGGUAGCCAUGGCGAGGGCAAGUGGAACUCACUUGCCCGCUGUGCAGGUCUCAGAAGAACGGGCAAGAGCUGUCGGCUUCGAUGGAUGAACUAUCUCCGCCCGGAUGUCCGCCGCGGUAACAUCACUCCCGAAGAGCAACUCCUCAUCCUCGAGCUUCACUCUCGUUGGGGAAACCGGUGGUCGAAGAUAGCGCAGCGGUUGCCGGGGCGGACCGACAACGAGAUCAAGAACUACUGGAGAACGAGAGUGCAAAAGCACGCGAGGCAUCUCCGGUGCGACGUCAACAGCAAGCAGUUCAAGGACGUCAUGAGGUACCUGUGGAUGCCUCGGCUGGUCGAGAGGAUCCGGGCGGCUUCCGGCAGCUCCGCCACCUGCGUGCAUCAGAAUGUUGCAGCUCCAUCGACUCGCGAAUGGCCCGCAGAGGGAAGUGUUGAGCUUGGUCAAGCGAAGACCAGCCCGGACGACUCCGAGUUGCAGCUCUCGUCAGCUUCAGAGUCCGACGACUGCUUCGCCAACAGCAUGCAGGGAUGUGAGAAUGGAAGUGAUGAUUGGUUUCAGGAAGCAGACUUCACUGCUUGUUGGCCGCAGCCUCUGCCAAGUCCUGGAGUUUGUGCUGAUGACUUGGGGUCGCUGGAUUUGGAUGGGUGUGGAUGGGAGGAGAGCUUGUGGAGCAUAGAAGACGUUCGAGGAGAAUGAAGCAAAGGGAAGAUAGAAGAAUGUGUUGGGAAAUCUUAAUUCCUCCCCUCAUUUUCUCCUCUAAUUAAGGAACUGUAUCUGAUUCUUUCAGAUUAAUGGACUGUUUAUUCUC